AUGAAGUGCUUCAACCUAAUCCUCCUUGCACUGGCUCUCCAGCGGUCGGAAGCCUAUCUGGUGGCUCCUCCAGGCACGGCUGCUCCGGGGGCAACUGCGGAUUGCAGCGCAUGGGCGCAAGAUACGUUCGGCCUCACAUGCGAGAUCCUUGAGCAGUACUACGGCUUCACGGAGGCCCAGUUCGAGGAAUGGAAUCCUAGCACUGCCCUGUUGGGUGAUGGCUGCAACAUGAUUCAAGGCCUCUACUACUGCAUCCAAAUCAACUACAUCGCGUUGACUACGUCUAAAACGAGCACGUCGACCAAGACGAGCACGUCUACUUCGACGCCCACAAGCUCUGCAAUCACUACGCCAACUCCCACGCAAACCGGCAUUGCCAGCAACUGCAACGACUUUUACCUCGUGGUUACCGGCGAUACUUGUUAUGAUAUCGCGGCUGUUGAAGAGACAUCUCUUGAUGAUUUCUACGCUUGGAAUCCUGCGGUAGGAACCAGCUGUGGUGGGUUGCAAGCCGGCUACUAUGUUUGUGUCGGUGUGUCUGGCAGCAGCACCACAACACCUACCACUUUAUCCACGAGCACUGUCGCAACGGCAACAACUUCAGCCCCAUCACCAACUCAGACGGGCAUCGCUAGCAACUGCGAUGAUUUCUACCUGGUUGUGAGCGGAGAUGGCUGCUAUGAUAUUGCCGCUGACAAGGGGAUAUCGCUGGAUAACUUCUAUUCCUGGAAUCCAGCCGUGGGAGAUGACUGUUCCGGCCUUUGGCCCAACUACUACGUCUGCGUGGGCGUCUCUGGCUCAGCCUCAGCCGCGACAACUUCUACCACCACUACUACUACACCAACUGCAACUUCCACUGGCAAUGGAAUUUCUACCCCGACACCAACCCAAGCAGGCAUGGUGGAUGACUGUGACGACUUCUAUCUGGUUGUUAGCGGGGAUGGCUGUUAUGACAUUGCGACCGCUGCCGGUGUUUCCCUGGAUGACUUUUAUUCCUGGAACCCGGCCGUGGGAGAUGACUGUGCUAGCCUUUGGCCGAAUUAUUAUGUCUGCAUCGGAACUCUAUGA